AUGCUUGGGAUGUCUCUAAUGUUCUUGACAUGUCAGGAAUGUUUUCAAGUGCCACUUAUACUGGCUCUCUUGCAAGUUGGAAUGUUGCGCUGGAACACUGGAAAUGUUGUUCAAAUGGAUUCCAUGUUUGAUUCCAACAGUGCUUUCCUCGGGGACAUUAGUACGUGGGAUGUGUCGAAAGUGACCAGCAUGAACGCCAUGUUCCAAGCAAGUAGCUUUGUUGGGGCGCUCUCUAGUUGGAAUGUGGCAUCAGUUGUGGACAUGACAAACAUGUUCAACACCCAUAUUACUUUUGGGUCUGAUAUACGCAGUUGGACUGUCACAAGUGUCACCAGCUUCAAUGGAAUGUUCAAAGAUGCUGCUGCAUUCGAUAUUGAUAUCAGUACGUGGGCAGUUGAUGCGGCGAGCGAUCUAUCCGAGAUGUUUUCGGGUGCAACAUCGUUCUCGCAGAGUCUGUGCGCAUGGGAUGACCACCUCGGAACAACUGAAAUUGUGACAAACAUGUUUGCUGGUGCAACCGCAUGUUCUGCCACCAUUGAUCCUGUUCUUACUGCCACACCCGCUGGUCCUUUUUGUCUAUCUUGUUAG